AUCUUAGGUAGUAAAGGACAUAUAUAUAUAUGUAUAGUGUUUUCAACUUUUUUAUGUGACAGUCAACAAUAUCGGACAUUUUAACGGAUGUUUUUACUCACGGACAAUUUUGUGAACCGGUUUUUAGCAAAGUGUGUUUUAGUGAAUGACUUGGAGUAUACUAGUACGUAUAUACACAUGUUCAGCGAGGAUGUUCAGUGUGGAACAGAUUGACGAAGACAGUUGAAUUAGGCUUUUAAAAUGUAAUAUUUAUGGAGAUUUAACAGGAAUUAAUAUAGAAAAUCAGACCAGAUAAAUAAUGUCAAGAUGGAGACGAUUGGAAUUCGAUACAAAGAAAAUGAAGACCCUGUGCUGACGAAAUUGCAGCAAUUAUUGAUGAACGUUCAAUUCAACAAAAAACAAGAGAUAAACUUAAACAAAAUACGACGCAAGUUUUAUUCAACGAGCACGCCGUUGAAUAAGUGUAAUAGCAACAAUGAAGACGAUGGUCAUGUAGAUACUAUAAGGUUAAAUUUAAAUACACGACUAGGAAGCUUUCCAGAUUAUGAUCGUAGAUCGUUGAAGAUGAGCGCUGACGUGUUUAACCUUUUAGAGGGUACGAGGAGCAGUAAACGAAAACCGGCACCCCAUCCGCCAGCAAGUCCAUACUCCUCGCGAGAAUCCCGACAUGUCUUGGCAAGUGAAUUGACGCAGUGUGAUGUAAAAGGGUGGCUGGUGGACGAAGUUCGAGGGAUGAAUGUAUGGGUUGUUGUGGCUGAUAUGUUAUUCUGUGUCUUUGAUUCGGAUGAAUCGGAAAUAUCUCGUAACGUGGUGAUGCUUCCUGGUUGCCGGAUACGCCCGGUGAUAUUCAAGAGCGCGCCUCCUGAUGUAACAGAUAAAACGAGUGCAUCUGCCAAGACUAUCACGGGUAUUGACAAAUACCAGUUUCUAAUCGAUGAUGUGAGUACAAAGCGUAAGUUGUUAUUUGGUGUUAAUAACCGAAGUGAUUUAGACAUGUGGUUAGACGUUUUAAUAGAAGCUGUGAGCAUGGAUCUCACCUUCGAUACAACACCACGUUGUUUAUCUGAUUCGUUUGUUCCGAAUGAAGAAUGUUUUCCUGCGUUGGAUGCUAAUUCUAGCUAUCUACCAUCCCCGAAUAUACCUCGUAGAUCCACCAUAUCUCAUUUUGAUAACUCGCUCUUGAAGAAUAGACAUACCACUUCGUUGAUUGAUAUUCGAAGACGAAUGAAACGGGACAGUGAUAUAGCUAAGCCCCAACUACAACAAACUCCCUUGAAAGCGACACAUGAUACUAUAAAUACACCAAUAUUAGCUAAGAAAAAGGGACUUUUUGUCAAUUUAAAAUCCUUUGGAAGUUUGGAUAGCUUACUGAAAAGGCAAAAACGAUCGCGGAGUGCUGAUGAUUCUGAGAUUCCCGAAAGACGAUCUUUGGAUGAGACAAAGCAUUACACACCGCCGUCACCUAGCGACUCUGAUGGUUCCAGUGCUAGCUGCUCUGCUGUCCACUCCAGAUUUCAGGUUAUUGAUCCCGGAAGCGUGUCUAAAGGCAUAGGACCGGUUGUGCGUCGACAAGUUUCUGAUAUUAAAGACAAAUUCUUUAAUGGGGGUUCUGCUUUUUGCGGAGCACCAGGGGUAAAGUUAAAUGAAUUGUUCUCCGAGAAAAUAUCAGGAUUUUUACAAUAUCGUGUUAUGAUGAAAUGGAUCAACGUAUGGUGCAUCGUGGCUAGAGGCUGCUUUUACGGAUUUAAAUCUCAGGAUCCAGAUGAAACACCAAUCGUGGCCGUGGUCUUGAAACAGUGUAUGGUUAGCUACGAAACGAGCUCUGUAAAAGCUAAUAAAGAACAAUAUAUACUAAAACUUUCUCAGCCUCACUGCAAAAGUAUAUAUCUUUCCGCAUUAAGUGAUAAAGAUCUAAAACACUGGCUACAUCAACUGAAAAUAGAAUCUUGCGGUGUACAGGCCGAUGACAAUAUAAGUAUUGAAAACUCUUCUGAAUGUACGCAAAGUUAUGACAGUGCUUUCAGUAAUGUGUCUAUGACGUCGAGUCAAAACGAAUUUAAUGAUAAGCUGAAUCAAGCGGGUGCCAACGGAAACACUGAUGGAUCACCACAACAUGACGAUGUCUUCCACAACGAUUACUCACCAGAAGAAUGGGACACUUACAGCAAUGACUCCCAGAAUGAUACCAUAUCUGAACUUCAUGAUCCCUUCGCCCGGCCUGAACCCAAGCUGACUCUCAGUGCCAGAAAAGAGAAGGGCUACUUGCUACAAGUUAUUCGAUCUAAGUUGAAGAUGGUUAGAAAGAAAAGUCUACCAGAACCUAUUUUGGAGAGGGAACUAUCCUUUCCGGAAGGUGGUGGCAUACUGAUGGUAGAUGGUGAUGAUAAUUCUGGAAGCUACAAAAAGGGUUCAGCCGCUGAUAUAAGAAGAUCGAAAUCAUUCAGUGCCCAAACCCUAUCAAGGAUGUCCAGUGACUCAGAAUCUGAGUCGAAUGGUUCUCAUAAUGGAAUCAAGAUCCACAAACCAAUGUGUGUUAAAACUAUUCCUGUUGAUGAAAUUACAGAUCCUACUUUGCAGGGAUACUUGGAACGUAGAAAUAUUAAUGGACAGUGGAUAAGAUAUUGGUUUAUUCUCAAGGAGUGCUCAUUAUAUUGUUAUUUCACCCGGCACGACCGUGUAACCGUUGAUAUUAUAGUUCUACAGGGUUACUCAGUUUCUUCUCUUGUCGACAGAUUUCGUGGAAAACGUUUCGUCAUUUUACUUUCGCAUGAGGAAUAUCUGCCUCUCUAUAUUUCGACUGAGACAUUGGAAGAACUGGAAACUUGGUUAGAGUUUCUACAAUCGGUAUCUGAUCCAGCCAGCGACAGUCGUGGAGCCUGCGGACUAGUAAUAGAAAACGGCCCAUUGUGUAAUAACGAACAAACUGAGAUGUUCAGACAGAAAUUACUGGAAGAAGUUUUAAGGCAAAAAGAGAUGUUGGAACUUCAGCGAGCAGAGCGACAUAAGAAACUGUCGGCCAGUAGUAAUGAUCUUCAGCCAUUAGGAGGACUUCACGAUGGAGAUGAACAGAUUUGUCAGAUGACUCGUUUAAAACAACGACGUAUGUCAACACAGAUAAAGAUGGAUACACUUCAGAAGCAACUUCUAACCACCAACGGUAACAAGAAAUCAUUAUUUAAUUUUGGCAAGAAGAAAUCUACAGAGGAACGCAAUCCUUACGUGAUAGAACAGCUUAAAGAACUCUCGCAAACUAUGCACCUUUUAAACAAGGAUUUGGAUCAAAAUGGAAACUGUAACACGCGUUCAAAACUAGCCCAAUCACAAGCCAGUAAAAGUUUUGACUGCAUUGACGAUUAUGUGGACAAAAGUGCUGUACACAGAAGCAAUAGUUUGAAGUCAAGCAUGCAGAAGCUUGCUCAUAAGACAUUUAUAAAAGCAUCGUGGAACAAGCGUAGGAAGUCUCGUAACAUGCAAAGCAAUUCUUCUCUUGAUAGUGACGAGAGUCAUAGUUCCCUGCAGUCGGAUUCGGAUUUUGUGGACUUAACGAAAUCAUUCCGCGAGAGAAGCGCAAGUAGUGACAGACUUGGUGUAAACUGUGAUUGGAGCGUGAGUAGCGACUCCGAUUUAAAUCGCUCUAGUUUGUGUUUAUCUCAGCAAUCAAGUUGUGAACAUUCUCCGCGCUCUCCCCGAGAUAAUCCCAUGUCAUUUGAUCUCACGGCAUUUAAAAGACUAGAUAAUGUUGAUGGAUCUUGUACGUCCAGUAGUUAUUUAGACUGUUCAGAUGCCUGUAAAAGAACUGAUUCUCCGAGGCGUGAGAUUAACCCUGCAGUGCUAGCCGAAAUAGAGGAAUUUGAAGAAAUGACUCGAAAGGCGUUAGGAAGAAUGACAAUUAUAACUUCCUCUUAGUGUGUGAUUUAGGGGAGAUAACUCUACUUAAAGGUGCUUUACAAUGUAUUUUGUUUGUCAAGAAAUUCGUUCAAUACAGCAGAAUAAUCUGAAGUGGCGUUUGAAUUCUACGCAAAACGGAGCGACGAUAUAAUACCCCGGUACAUCUGUGGACUCGUUUUAAAUUAUGUUAUUUCCAUCAAUAAUUGAUAAAAAAUCAGUUUAUUCUCAAAUUGUAUCUAUCAGCAGUCCAUGCUGAUAACACUAUAGCCUAACCCAAGUAACAUUUUCUUUAUCUUUGCCUUUGAAAAGGACAUUGUACCAGGCGAUUACUGUGACGAUUUGGCAUUAUCUUUAUAAAUGACUACCAUUUCAGUGAGUCAUACAUAUUUUCAGAUUAUCAAGAACACCCUAUGAGAUUUUGACUUUUGACGAAAUACCUCUAUCUGAUAUUACGAACUUUUGAACUUACAGUAUUAGUUUAUGUUGAUAAUUGUUCCUUAUCUAAAUGUAGUUAUAUUAAUGUCCUAUUUGUAAAGUAUCUAUA